ACCCUAGUUCCCCAUUCCACCAAAACCCCCAAAUCCCUCGUCUCGUUUGCCGCCGGCGAUGGCGGCGGCGGCGCCGCCCACAGGCAAGAAGCGUAGAUUCGAGCGGUCCAGCAGCCAGGAGCCACCCGGGAGCGGCGGCCUCGACCUCAUCAGCGGCCUCCCCGACGCCAUCCUCGGCGAAAUCAUCUCGCUCCUCCCCACCAAGUAUGGCGCCCGCACGCAGCUCGUCUCCCGCCGGUGGCGCCCCCUGUGGCGCUCCGCGCCCCUCAACCUCGAUGUUUACGAUCUCUCCGGCCAGGAACGGAAGCGCGUCGCCCUUGCCUCCAAGAUUCUCGCCGAACACCCUGGCCCCGCCCGCCGCUUCUCCCUCCACUGCUUCCGCCUCCGCGGCAGGCACGCCAAGCUGGACGGAUGGCUCCGCUCCCGCGCCCUCGCCGAUCUCCGGGAGCUUAGUUUCAGCUACGAGGUGGAGCGCGAGGCGCAGGCGCAGGCGUACCCGCUGCCGCCGUCCGCUCUGCGGUUCGCGCCCACCCUCGUCGUGCUUUACCUCAGCAGCUGCGGUUUCCCCGACGAGAUGCCGCCGACGCUGCAUUUCCCUCGCCUCAAGCAGCUCACGCUGUGCAGCGUCGCUAUCUCCGAGGACGCCAUCCAUGGCGUGCUGUCACGCUGCCCUGCAUUGGAGAGCCUGCUGCUGCAGGGGAAUUUCGGCGUUCGCCGCCUUCGCAUCAACUCCGCAUCUCUCAGGAGCUUCGGCUUCUAUUCGAAAUCCUGGGGCUUCUCUUCUGCAUCUUGGAAUGGAUUUGCUGGUGCCGAGUUGCAGGAGGUGGUCAUCGAGGAUGCCCCUUGCCUUGAAAGAUUACUGCCACUUUGUCCCAAUGAUGGCGUGGCGGCCAUCCGGGUGAUCGCGGCGCCUAAACUGGAGAUAAUGGGACCACUCUCUGAUGGCAUAUCUCAACUCCACCUUGGAACAACGAUUUUUCAGGAAAUGACUGCUGUCAGCCUUACAACCUCAAUGCGAAGUGUGAAGGUUUUGGUUCUUGAUUCUGAUGGCCCUAAUCUGGAUGCAGUUGUUGACUUCCUCAGUUGCUUCCCCUGCUUGGAGAGGCUGUAUAUUGCUUCUCAACCGUUUAAGGUUAUUAAAAAUACGCGGAGGUAUGACCCGCUAAAUCCAAUAGAAUGCAUUCAGUUCCAUCUCAAAAAAGUGGUGAUAAGAAAUUAUGGAGGAAGGAGGUCAGAUGUCGACUUUGCCAAGUUCUUUGUUCUGAAUGCAAAAGCGCUAAGAGAAAUGGAGUUAGCUGGCCUUAACAAUUGCAAUCAGAAAUGGUUGGCCAAUCAACACAGGCGGCUUCAAUUAGAAAAGAAAGCAUCUCAAAAUGCUCAAUUUACAUUUAAAACUACCCAUACGAGUGAUUUCAGUAUGAACAAGCACACCCAUGAUUUGUCAAUAUCUGAUCCCUUUGAUAGGUCUUUAUGACCAUGCUGCUCUCGGAUAUGAUACACAUGCAGUCUUGUAUUAUGUUCAAAUGUUAUAUUUGUACCUUCUCUUGUUUGGAUUUUAGUGUCGUACUAUGUCAGCAAGUUAAUGAGUUAUCUUUAUUUAAAGCCGCAACCUAGUAAGUUUUUACCACUAAUACAUUCCCUUGGCUAUGGCAGUCCUAUUUUCUGAUGUGUAAUAUUAUUGCUGCCCUUGAAUUGUUCCAUACAUUUUUCCAACUGAACUAAAUUAAAACCACACGCACAAUUAUGCUACAUGUGGAAAGUAAUUUGGCUGGCAUAUCCAGAAUAGCCUGACCAUCAUUCCUCGAAUGUAUUUAAUAGAUAGUAAUCUAUUUGAAUUUUUGGUGCGUAAAUGCCAUUUGUGGAUGCUUUUUGGUUUCACAGAUUAUACCAUUCUAAUUUGAUAACAUAAUGUGGAUUUUAUGUAUCAACUGAUUAAUAUAUACAGAAGCGUGUGAGUUCCAAUCAACACGUCGAUGUAUUAUAUUGUAUUGUUUUGAUGUUUAUACAAGGUUAAAAUAGUGUGCAUACAAAAGCAUGUGAAGUUCAAGAUUCAAAUCAGGAUUUCUCAACAUAUUUAUAUCAUAUACUUUAGAUGCUUGGAGAAGGUAAACCUGCAGUUUGGUCCCAUUUAAGCCUAUGUAAAAUGAGGAAAACGUGACGCUACUGUCUUUAUUUUCCUGCAAUAUGUAUUAUGAUGUACUAUAUAUUAUAUUUUCACAAGGAGUGUUUGGUGUUCUAUUUAA